AUGGCUACGCUUGGUGGUGCUGACAUUGAAGAGCUCGUCAAGCAGAUAACGGAUCACCCUGGUGUACAGGGGUUGAUCAUUGUGAAUACUGAUGGCAUUCCAAUUCGACACACCUUUCAAGAGCAUUCGCGACUGCUCGCCGUGCAGUACAGUGCGUUAUUUCAGAGUUUGGCAAUGAAGGCCCGGAGUGCUGUGAUUGAUCUAGACAACAACAAUGAUCUCUUAUUUCUGCGUGUUCGAUCAAAGAAACACGAGGUACUUGUGGCGCCAGAUACAAAAUAUCUGCUGAUUGUUAUCCAACAGGUAGAUAACGCUGGUGAAGUUCCUAUUGGAAAUGGAAAGAAGGCAUAA